AUGGAGUCUGUGUCAAUCCCUUCACUAGUUACUGGCCUUAUUGAUUGCGUAGCCCAGUUAAUAAGAAUAGCAGAGGAGCUGUUGCAUUUUAUCUCACAGGAACAAGCUAUUUCUGCACAACAGAAUAGUAUGGUGGAGGAGGCAGCAGCAGUUGUGCCUCCUCCUGAGGAAGAUUCCUUGCCGGAUCUUGCUGAAUUUUCCGAUUUAGAAUCAAUACUUUCAGUGAAAGGAGAUGAAGACCUAAUCCUUGAUAUGGAUGAAGCUAUGAUAGAUGUGAAUGACAUCUAUGAGGAGAUACUCCCUGCGAUAAAGGAUGAUACAGAAAGUGAGUAA